CCAGGCUCCUUUAGGGAGGCAGAGGCUGAGACAGGCCAGUACGUGAGGUGGUUGAGGGACUACUGCCAGGCCUUCUAUUAUUGGCUGGUGGUUAAGCUGUUGCCUCCAGUGACCGUUGCUGCCACAGGCUGUGCCUUCAGGGUCAACAGCAGUUCACACAACCUACAGAUCCACGCAGGGGAUUUGCUGCGGUUUCUUCAGAAGAGGAAACCGUAAGAUGCCUUCGGCAUCAUGGGCAUCACCAUGAUAGAUCUCUACCCCAAAGAUUCCUGGAACUUUGUGUUUGGAAAGGCCUCUCUCACUGAAGGAAUGGGAGUUUUCAGCUUUGCCAGGUACGAUGACAACUUCUACAGCAGGAGUUACGUUAUCAGGCCUUGGCGGGGAGACAACUCUGUGUUUAAGGGCUACUACAGCACUCCUAUCACGAGCACCAUGGUCACCCAUGAGAUGUGGUCACCCAUAUUCGGGGUGAAAUACUGCCAGUGGAUGCAGUGUGUCAUACAGGGUUCCAACCACCUGGAGCACUCAGACCGCCAGCCGCUGGACCUUUGCCUGGUCUGCCAUCGGAUUCAAAAUGGCUGACAGAUACAAGGUUAACUUCUAGGAAGUCCUGAGGACUGUCUCUGUCCUGGGCCUCCUUCCCCUCUCGCUGAGGUACGGGGUUCCCCGGCCCCACCUGCAUGGGUUCUGGGAGGUUCUGAUGCCCCCUCCUGCUGUACAACCUGGUCUCAGAGAACUUCGUAUUAUUCUGUAAGUAAAAACCCUAACCAUUUUAGCUAACCCUUCACCUAACCUUAACCACUUUAGCUAACCCUAACCUUAACCAUCCUAACCCCUAAAUCUUAACCCUAACCCUAACUCCUAGCCUAGUUAAUGUUAGCGAGCUAGCUAAUGUUAUCAAUCUGGCCACCUAGCGAGAUUUCGUAACAUAUCAUACGUUUUGCAAAUUCAUAACAUAAAAUAUGAAUUGUAAUUUGUACAAUGUCAUACGAUAUGGAGGAUGAACUUCCACAAAAUAAUACAUACCGUACGAAAUGUAACAUAUCAUAGUAAAUGUAGUGUCUCGGAUUUACAUACAGAAUAAUACGAAAUGCUCUGAGGCCUGGUUGUGCUGCAGCAGAGCAGGCCUCUCUUGGCUGGUCGUACCAGACCCAGGAACACAGCCCCUAGACUCAUACCCACCGCACAGGAGUAGAACGCUGAGCCGUAGUUCUGAGUCAGGUCCACAAGAACACCUGAGAGAACACAAUAUAAAUUGUAUAUGUUAAACAAACUCAUUCAUUAAAAUGAUGCACAAAUUAAGCAAGUUUGUGUUAUUUUCCUUUGAUGACAAUGAAAAUAAAACUGGUGCUACAUAUCAGAGAGGGCAAAAGAGAUGUGACAUGACAGAGGGCUGUGAAAAAGAGAUUUGAAUGCAUUUCUUACCUCCCAGAGGUGGUCCCGCCAGCCCAGCGAAGCUUUGUAUAAACACAUAGACCCCCACAGCUGACGACAUCCUUUCUAUGCCCACCACAUCCUCCUCUGCCAGCAUGGGUAUAUGUGUCGACGACACGGUGCCUAUAAAAAACCCAUAGAACCCACAACACACGGCCAGGCCCCAGAACUCCCACACCAGGGUAAAGGCCACCAGCACCAGGCACAGCAGAACUACACAUCCCAGCAGCACCAGGGGCUUCCUGCCUCUGAACAGCUUCCUGCCUAGCACCCAACCAAUGGAGAGGCGGCCGAAGAUCUCGGCAAAGGCCAUGGCGGAGAGCAUGUGGGUGGCGCGGUGACGCAUCACGCCACGGUUCACACUCAGCUCGAUGAUGUAGAGCUGAGGGGCGAAGAAACCCAAUGUGGCAAAAAGGCCGAAGAGAGCAUAGCAGAUGAAGCUGCCUUCUCUUAACAUGGAGAAGUCAAGGAGUUUCUGGGGGGAUAGUGUUUGUGUCGGCUUCUCAUCCUUCUCCUCGUCCUUCUCCAUCUCCUUCUUCUUGCUUCCUAAGCACCUCUGUGAAGACGCCUCCUCCUCUAUUUCCUCCCCUGCUUUACUGCCGUCCUCCAGGACCUGGUGAUGGAGGGACUGAACUUCAGAGUUUACAGACUCUCCAGAGCUCAGGGAGUAACGAUGAGCCAGCUUGCUAUCACACUGCAGUGUGUAAGACCCAUCCUUAGCAUAUGAACUGCCCUUAAUGGACAACCUCUCCUUACUGUAGUACUCCUCCUCUGUGUUCAGAGCCUUCAGCUCUUUGUCAGCCAGCCCAUCAGUUUCUGUCUCCGUGGCUGGUCCAGGUCUAAUGAUGAUGGGUCUUAGCAGAACUCCACAGAUGAUGAUGAUGCCCUGUAGAGCUCCGAUCACCACCAGGGUGUAACGCCAGCCGAUACAGUCCCUCAGAGCAGAGAAGGCUGAGGAGCAGAGGGGAGAACAGAGAGGAGAGUGUUUCAAAUGGUGGUCAGGGUUUGCAAUCCAUCCUAAAAUUAAAUGUGGGUUAAUGUGAAAUGAAAAAGCAAUUGAGAGAAGUAAGAUUAAGAGAAUGGGAAGUUUGGGUAAACUGAAAUAUUAGCUGUUUUUUAAGAUAAACUUUGCUUGCUAGUAAGCAGUGUUCAAGUCCCCUUGUGACCUUUUACCUGGGGCGAGCGCGAACACAGAGAAGGACUCUCCUGUGGAGGCGACAGCUGUGACCAGGGAGCGUCGGUGGGAGAAGUACUGGGACAGGAGUGUAAUGGUGGGUAGGAAGGUCAGACAGUACCCUAGACCUGUGGAGGGAAGAGGACACAAGCACACUGGUGAAACACUGGUGGCACUGUGACAGUUGUGAUGGUCAAUUGUUUGUGUGUGUGUGUGUGUGUGUGUGUGUUUGUUUCUAAUACCUGCAACGAGUCCGAUGGUGAUGUACAUCUCGUUGAUGGAUUUGGUGAAGCCACUGGCGAUGGUUCCUAUGGAGACGAGGAGUCCACCAAUCAUAACAACUGUCUGGAAGCCAAACCGGUUGGUCAUCACAGAAGCGAGAGGAGCUGAAAGGGGACAGCUCUCCAAAACCACCCCAGCCCUAGACCCUGAUGCUGCCCCUAGUCUCACCAGUGAAGGCCAUGACGAAGACACAGAUGGAGAUGAUCCAAGAGACUCGGCUGUUGCUCUCCCCAAACUCCCCCAUCAGGUCCUGGAGGAAGAUGCCCAGGCUCUUGAUGACUCCGUAGGUGAACACUUCCACCAGGAAGAAGGAGACCGCCACCACCCAGCCCCAGCCACCAUCUGGCGGAGCCGUGUAGACGAUAGGCCCCAUGCAGCGCUUCAAUCUGGACCCCCACACUGUCAUGGAUGGAGCAUGCGAUUCUGUAGGGAAGGUGGACAAUAAAUCACUUUUUGAAAAGGUAUCACAGUUCAUUGAAAAGUAAAGUAAAUGAUGCUUGGAAUUGGCAGGGGAGAUAUGUCGCCCCACAACAUUCAGAACAGGUCGAUUCAUCCCCCCAAUAAUUUAUUUAAAAUCAAUAAAAAUAAUGUGGAUGCCCUGUACCUCCUCCGCUCAGCUGCACUGUCUCUACGCCCUUCACCCACUGUCUCUACGCCCUUCACCCACUGUCUCUACGCCCUUCACCCACUGUCUCUAUGUCCUUAAGGUAGAUUAAUGAUGUGUAAUUUCUUGUUGUAAAGAAAUGUAAGUUUGUCUUUGACCAUUCAUUGCAUUGCAUUAAGAUGGCACAAUGAAACAACCUAGUUAAAGCAGAUGAUUUCACAGUGAUAACUAUGAUAUUCUGCACUGCAGAAUCUCUCAAUGAUGCGUGAAUAUGUAUUCAUGGAUGCCAACAGAAGCCAGGCUUACCCAAAUAUUUCACCAAUAUAAUCUUUUUUAUUAUAAAAUCAUUGAUCUUUCAUCUCUGUGUUUUCAUAAUUAUCCCUAAUAAAUGUUAUUAGUGGAAUUGAAUAAAUGCAUUCCUCAUUUUACAGAGUAACUAUUUGACUAUCGUUUAUAAUUUAGUAGGUCUGUUGGGAAUUGUUAUAUACACGAUGCAUAGCACAUGCUUGGGCUCCACCUUGAAAUCGCUGAUCUGCUUGCCUCAAUAAGUUAAUGCUAGAACAUUGGUUGCCAGGAUUGGCCAUUUGUAUCUACUCUCUUAAUAAUUGCAUAACGGUGCAAGUUAGACACAUGUUCAUUAAAUGCAUACUGAGAGGUGAUGCAAGGCUUGCUACCUUGACUAGAUCCUCCAGAGACGUACACGGCCUGUUGCAUUUAUUCACAUAAUAUUGGAAUCAGAUUGAUGAAUGUAGUUUAUUGUUAAAUUCAACAUAAUUUCACCCACUGUCUCUACGCCCUUCACCCACUGUCUAUACGCCCUUCACCCACUGUCUAUAUGCCCUUCACCCACUGUCUAUAUGCCCUUCACCCACUGUCUAUACGCCCUUCACCCACUGUCUAUACGCCCUUCACCCACUGUCUAUACGCCCUUCACCCACUGUCUAUACGCCCUUCACCCACUGUCUCUACGCCCUUCACCCACUGUCUAUACGCCCUUCACCCACUGUCUCUACGCCCUUCACCCACUGUCUCUACGCCCUUCACCCACUGUCUCUCCGCCCUUCACCCACUGUCUCUACGCCCUUCACCCACUGUCUCUACGCCCUUCACCC